AUGGCAACGAAGCUUGUCUCUCUUCCCGAGGUCGAGCGCCUGAGUCCCCUCUGUAUACGCAUUCUGGGCGGCAACCCGGGAAAAUUCACACUACAAGGCACCAACACAUAUCUGCUCGGCCGGGGCAGCCGCCGUAUCUUGAUCGACACCGGCGAAGGCUUGCCGUCAUGGAUUGCUGCUGUCAAGUCCACUUUGGAGCAAGAAAAGGCGACAAUUGAGACGGUUCUGAUCACUCACUGGCACCGAGACCACCAGGGUGGUAUUCAGCAGCUCUUGGAGCUGUCGCCAAAUUCCAAGAUCUUCAAGAAUCAGCCCGAGGAAGGCCAGUCGGACAUGGCGGACGGGCAGAAGUUCGCCGUUGAUGGGGUCAGCCUUACGGCUGUCUUUACCCCCGGGCACACUGCGGAUCACAUGGCUUUCGUCUUGGAGGAAGAGGACGCCAUGUUCACGGCAGACAACGUCUUGGGGCAGGGCACAGCCGUAUUUGAGGACCUCGCCACAUACCUCAAUAGUCUGGAGAAGAUGAGGCACCUGUUCAAGGGCAGGGCGUACCCAGGUCAUGGGCCAGUGAUUGACAACGGCCCAUCCAAGAUCAUGGAGUAUAUCAACCAUCGAAAGACCAGAGAGGAGCAGGUCAUCCGAACACUGCGAUCCAAGAGAAAUGUCGGUUCCGAUGGAGGCCCGUCAGACGCUUGGACACCCAUGGAGCUGGUCAAGGUUAUUUAUCGUGAUGUUCCAGAGGAGCUGCAUGUCCCUGCGUCCAGCGGAGUCAUACAAAUUCUUGAAAAACUCGAGAGGGAAGAUAGGGUUUCACAGAGCGGCGAUAGAUGGACGUGGAGGGGAUAUUCGUCGUUGUAA